AUUUACUUUUUCCUAUCCUCUCUUCUUCUAGCCCCCAAAAGGAAGUUGCACAUUUGUCUCUUGUCCAUAUAUAUGUUAUGCGUUUGACGCUCCACAAUUUUACUCUGUCAUGGCUGAUUUGAAGUCUUUAGAGCAUCCCACCCUCAAGGUUCCAUACGAAGUCCUGAAUAAGAAAUUUCGUGCUGGACAAAAAACCGUCGACAGGGAAGUGUCCCAUGUUCAAAUGUCGAUCUCUGAACUAGAAAAGAGCUUAUUUCGAACACCUGUUCAAGUGGAUCAAAUAUGCAGUCUUCUUGGAGCAACUGUUGAGAAACUACAAACAAUGAAACGAAAGGUUGAAGAAGCCAUCAGUGAUGAGCUGGAAGCAGCUCAGAACUGUAAACGAAGGGUAGAACACCUUAAAUUGGGGGCUGUUGGAAUUAUUCCAACGACUGAUUCUUCCAUCACAUAUUCACUCUGGAAAAAAACACGGGUAGAGAGGUAUCUGGUUGAACAUCUUCUGAGAGCUGGACAUUACAACACAGCUCAGAAAAUGGUGGAACAAAAUCCUGAACUUGCAGAGCUUACUAAUUUGGAUAUCUUUUUGGUUGCCCGAAAUGUUGAAUUGACACUGGCCCAGCAGCAGACCCAAGCUGCCUUAGCAUGGAUCCACGAUCACAAGAGCAAACUAAGAAAAAUAAAAUCCACUUUGGAAUUUCAUCUGAGACAACAAGAAUUCGUCGAACUCAUCAGAUCCGAUCGUCGAAUGGACGCCGUGCGCCAUGCCCGAAAGUACUUGACCAAUAUGGAUGACGUUCCAUUGGAGGAACUGCAACAUGCGCUAGCCCUUCUUGCGUUUCCUUCGGACACUCAGUUAUCACCCUACAAAGAACUACUCGAUACUUCCCGAUGGAUUGCUUUAACUGAAGAAUUCCGUCAAGAUUACUUCCGACUUUAUCAGCUGGCUCCUUUGUCCGUCUUGGCAGUCGCGUUGCAAGCUGGACUAUCCGCAAUGAAAACUCCGCAGUGUUAUCGUCCCGUGGACCAGAGAAACGCCGAAUGUCCUGUUUGCCAAGAACCUUUGAAUAAGUUGGCUGAACGUUUACCUCACGCCCACUGCUCACAGUCACGAUUGAUCUGUCGUCUUUCUGGCUUGCCCCUCAACGAACAUAAUUUGCCUAUGAUGCUACCUAAUGGUCGCGUUUACGGAGAACAGGCCUUACGAAAUAUGGCAAUGAGCAACAACGGGAUGGUUACCUGUCCACGCACUAAAGAAGUCUUCGCCAUCAAGGAUGCAGAGAAAGUCUAUGUCAUGUAGUUAUUUUGAUUCCCCUUUCUAAUACAAAAUUCUGAAGUA